AUGGUAGCCGCCGCCAACCAAUCCUCCUAUGGUCCUUCUUUGGGGCCCAACAGGAUGUCCGUCGAAAAUAGUCUUCCGGUAGCAACCGCAGAUUUUCUCAAUCCGCACCCAUCUUUGGUCAUAUCGGCGGCGAAUGGGACAUCAUACGAGCCCAGCAACAGCGAGGAUGAAUCCGAAUCAGACUUCGUAGAUACCCCAGCUCAAGCAGCACCACCAGCGCACCCUUCUCAACCGCAACUUACUGUCCAAACCGUCAAUCCAAAUCCGGGCGGCCACGCGAGAACAAGAUCCGAUGAUGACGAACUUCCCAAGUCUGUAAUUCACGCGCCUGCUGGAUUCAGUGAAUUUAAACGAGAUGCCCAGAAAUCGCCGGACGGUUCACCCGCGUCUGACGUAGAUGCGCAGCUGUGGUCAGAGUCUUCCCAUCCAAGUAUCAGGCUUUUACCAGAAAGUGUAGAAGAACGACCAUCAAAAUUUACCAACAGUCCAAUAUCCCCUCCUCCCAUCACUACCAGCAUUGAGCCGGCGCUAGAUUGGUCUGAACGAGCAACUCCGCGGGCACAGACAAGGCAGGAUUUUGACGAGCUUGACAGGAGAUCACAUUCGAGUAACCUCGAAGACAUACCAGAGGGCAACGACAACCCCAAAAGAGCCAGCGAUGGAGCAAAUUACAAAACAGAUCAGCUUGGUUUGACGAAUGAGUACUUUCCAGAGGGAUGCGCCGAGAUCAAGGCGCUCCAGGCCGCCCUCGUCGAAUGCUGGUCCCUUUGCAACACAUUGGCCACUCUAAGCUCUAUUCAUCGAGAGCGAACCAGUCUCGGUCUGGAGACCCAAGAUGACGCCUGGAAAUCUUGCUGGCGUUUGUGCCAGCAGUUAUAUGCCGGCCAAGUCGAUGACAAUGCAUCACAGGUCAACCCAACACUGGACCUUUGCCGUGACUUCUGCCAAACUCUCUUUGAAGCCAGGACUCGCGACAAUGAGAUUUCGGAUUCUGUUCUUCGCGUCAGCUUCGAGCUCAAUAAUCAUCUAUAUAAUACACACGACCGUAACCUUCCUGAUGCCUUCAGGGAAAGGACCUUGGACUUUUAUAUUACACUGUGCCACCGCCUCAUGAAACAAAGGACACGCGAGCCUGAAACCGAUUCUCUAUUGAGUGCCUGUUGGUCACUAGCCGAGAUGUUGUUCAGUAUCCGACAGAGCAAAAAGGAGGGGCGGCCACUGGACGAGGAAUUGCUAGGCUCUGCGGUCCAGGCCUGUUGGGAACUUUGUGACAUUUUUCGGGAGGGAUGGACGCAAAGAAGUUUGCGAAACUCCGAUCGUGGGACACCUCGACCAAGUCAAGCGACCUUUGCGCCAGUUGAAAAGCAGUCUAAGCAGUCUGACAUGGCCCGUGCGGAGGAUGCCAUGUUUCGCCAGAGAAAUCCCGAGACACCGACAACUAUAUUCGAAGACGUGGGCACUACUUCUCCUGAGGAAGGACCUGUGCAAAACAUCUUCGUGCUUGGCCAGCGCCGGAAUGUCACACACACAAACUGGCCCUCCAAUGCAUCCAGCGUCUCGCGGACGACCCAGUCUUCUGAGCGAACUUCCUCAACAAACACAGUUAUAACCCUAUCAAAUGACGCCAAUGUAGUAGGCCUCAGGAUUCUGAUUACAAAAGCUGCCAUAAACAGCGGCUUUCAACGGAAUGGAUCGCAGAGCCUCUCAUCGUUUGUUAAGUCACUCUCUUCCGAUGCAUUCGGAUCUACUUCAUGGCAGGUAGCUCUUCUCAAACAUUACAAGAGCCUGGUGGCUUUCGAGCCAGCAUUCCAGAGCGCUGGGCCCCCUAGCAGAGCAAGCGCUAUAGACAUUGCUAGGGCUGUCAAGCUUAUGGCUCAAAGCGGGCAAUAUUUCUGGCUAUAUGACCUUUAUCGCCUUGUCUUUGGGUUCCAUGUUGAGGAAGUGGUGAACAGGGACGGGAUCAUGUUACAGGCUUAG